AGUAGGCUGCGCCGUCGGCCGCGCCGACCGUCCGUCGGUACCGCACUUUCUCUCGCAGUUUGCAACAUCAACAUCUGGGUUAGCAUCAGUGUUACUGUGGUGUGGUGACCAUGACGUACGCCGUCGUGUUUGUGUGUUUGUCCCUUAGUGUUUGUGCGUUUGUCUGCUCCGCCAAACCAACUAUCUACGUCAAGAAUGAAAAUGACAAACUGGAGCCAGUUCUGGUUCCGGUGUCAUCCACGGUGAUCCCGUUACCUGUGUACAAGGUGGGGUAUGAGGUGGGCGUCCAGGGUCCCAAAAUACCAAAACCUGCUGGAGAACACAAGCUUAUAACAGCGGGCAAGAAAAAACUGACUCGGAAAAAUGCAGAAAAUCCUUUAAAGAUAUUGCAGGACAAAGAAGCUAUGAAGGACAUGCUGUGACGAGCUAUCCCCCUGAACAAACGUACAGCUAGAGUUACUAAUUCAAACCAACAUCAAUUUGUUACAAGCGCCAAUAGGAGCAUCUAAAAAGUUACUUUCUAGAUUUGUUUGUUGAAGCGCUAUCGUACAAGAUCGUAACUGACUAACGACAAUCACUAAUGGUUAUUUCUUCGGGUAUUCUUAUGGUUUUGUUUUAUUCUAAUACCUAGUUUUAACCAACUGUUGUCAAAUACCCACUUUGGCCUUAUUGAAAUAAUCACACGAGAAGCAGAUAUUUUAAAUAAACACAACACAACAAAUAAAUACUACCACCAAUCACCACAAAACGGUAACGGUUUUUUUCUCAGGUUUCAUAUAUUGUAAUAAUGUGUAGGUAUUCACUUUUUAUUAUAAGUUUCUUUUAUUUUAAUGUGGGUAAUUUCCGUGUAUGGUAUUAAUAAGUUUAACAUAACAGCCCUACUAAUUUGUAAAUAGUUGUAAGUAUUGUUAACCCGUUGAAUUAUAUUUUUGUUACGGAAA